CCUCCUCCUCGAGCUCAUCCUCAAUGGGCGGCGUGAGGAGGCUGAGCGCGCGCCCGACCCUCACCAUCAUCAUCAUCAUCACCACCAUCACCAGCACCACGUCGACACGUUUAACUUCGCCCAUGCGUGGCUUUACAUGCACACCAUUCCCACACUUGUUUCUGAUGAGAAUGCCUCUAAUCCUCUCCGAUGAUGGAAUGAUAAAGGGCGCGCCAUGUUUCUGUCCUAGCCUUCUUUAUUUGACGGUUUUAUCCGUGGAGACGGACUCGCACGCGCUGUGGACACGUUGAUGACAGUACGACACCGUGGAGCAGCUUUCCGGCCUGAUAGCUACGACAUUUAUUCAAGCGUGCCUUGCCAGAUGGUAGUGGGUACCAUUUUUAUGAUGGUCUUUGGUAUGACCCGACCGCGAAUAGAACUCAACGAUCUCCCGAUCGAGAGGCGGACACGCUACCACUAGGCCACUAGCCGGAUUGCCAAGAGCACCGGCUUGGAUCAGUUUUCCUGCUUCUCCUGGCCCCUUUGUUGUUCCUCUUCCUCUUCAUUCUCCUCCUCUUCCCAACCCCAGAAUCCUCCACCAGUCACAAUGCCCACCACCUGCUCUAUCCAAUACAUGCACGAGAAGUUCCACCUUCUCCUGUAGUAAUGCCCGCUCUGGCCCAGUGCCAGUCUCCACCCACUGCCCUACCCACCGCUCCUCCUCUUGCCAUCCCACCCCUUGCCAUUGCCAUUGUUGCCAUCUGUAGGCUCCUGCACCAUGAAGGAUGAGGUCAUCAACACCAAUGCGCUGGCCUGGCUGGUCUGCUCUGGGGUGUCUAUCUUGGCCAAUGCCUGGGGCAUCCUGAGUGUGAGCGCCAAGCAGAAGAAGUGGAAGCCUCUGGAGUUCCUGAUCUGCACACUGGCCGGCACGCACAUCCUCAACAUGGGCAUCCCUAUCACCAUGUACUGCGUCAUCCAGCUGCGCCGCCAGCACUCCAAUUAUGAGUGGAACGAAGGCCUCUGCAAGGUCUUUGUCUCCACAUUCUACACUCUUACUCUGGUCACCUGCUUCUCUGUCACAUCGCUCUCCUACCACCGCAUGUGGAUGGUCCGGUGGCCUGUUAAUUACAGGCUGAGCAACACAAAGAAGCAGGCUGUGCACACAGUGAUGGGUAUCUGGAUGGUUUCUUUCAUCCUGUCCACACUGCCUGCUGUGGGCUGGCACGACACUAGUGAGCGCUUCUACGCCCACGACUGUCGCUUUAUCGUGACUGAAAUCGGCCUAGGCUUCGGUGUCUGCUUCCUGCUGCUGAUCAGUGGCAGUGUAACAAUGGGAGUCAUCUGCAUCGGCAUUGCUCUCUUCCAGACGUUCUCCAUGCAAACAGGCCACAGUGCUGACAAGAACAAGUUCAACGUGCCCACUAUUGUGGUCGAAGAUGCUCAGGGUAAGCGCCGCUCAUCCAUCGAUGGCUCCGAACCAAUCAAGACCUCUCUGCAAAUCACCUACUUGAUCAGCGGCAUCGUGUUCAUCUAUGACUUCCUUACUGGCUUUCCCAUUCUGGUGGUGAGCUUUGCCAGUUUGAAGUACGACCAUUCGUAUACCUGGAUGGUACUGUGUGUGUUGUGGUGCUCCAUAGCCCAGUCCAUCCUGCUCCCCAUGUUCCUGUGGGCCUGUGACCGCUACCGUGCCGAUGUCAAGGUGGUCUGGGAGAAAUGCGUUGCCAUUAUGUCCAACGACGAAGUGGAUGAAGAAAACAGCCAGGAUGGAGGCAUUCAUCCGGACUUAAUAUAUGACAGACCUUAUGACUAUAGCUCCGCUGCUGAUAUCAUGACGGUAGACCGUAUUGCCAAGUACGAAUUCUCGACCUUAGAAAGGGGGGUCCCCCAGUGUUAUCCAUUGAGGGAGCCUCAGGAAGAUAAAAUGCACUAUUUGCAGGUGCCCCCUACAAGAAGAUACUCCCACGACGAAACCGACAUGUGGACCACAGGGCCGAUUCCUUCCUACCUGCACCGCUGGGGCUCCACCGAGGACAUGAUGGGUGUGCCACGUUACACCUCGAACCGCCACGAGAGGCGGCGCAGCAGCCUGGCAUCAUGCCACGAGGAGAGCAGCCGCCAUCAACGCGCACAUAGGAGCUCCGACGGGACGCGCUCUCUCCCGCGACCCCAGCGCUCUGAGGACGAGUUGGGGUGCUUCAGCCGUGACGAGGUCAUCAACUUCAUUGACGAAACACCUCUGGCCAGCCCGAUCAGGAGCCCCCGUCAUGCAUCGGCGCUCUCGUUAGUGUCUGGCGCUCAAGAACGCCAGAUUAUCCUGCUGCCACACUUCCCGCUCACACAUUUCGAGCGGGAGCCUCAGGCCCUGCGGCGAGCCUCUGAACACAAGGGUUCACGCUCUGAACUGCAUCAGGGCUCACCAAGAAAGGAGAGUAAUAGCAGGGGGAGAGCAGAAGAAGUGGGUUUGAACGAAUGUGGAACUGAUAAAGGCUGUCGUGAGCAGCGGCGGGAUGGAAAACGUGCGUCUGAACUGAUUUUAACAGGCCAGAGCGUGUGGACAGCAGCACACUCGUCACUCAGGGGGAAAUCAGGACAAGGGGACGCGCAUGUGACUAAGAGCAAAAUCCAAGGGAGCAUGAACAGUUUUAGAAACUCACAAUCACCGUCGUCGAGAUAUACUGCGUUUCAGUCCGGGUCCAUCGGCUCGACGACCUAAGAUCCCGGAGUUUUUAUUAUUCUACGUCAUACACACAUCUCUUACUAUUGAUAUGAUGAGUAUUCUUGUUCUACAUAUUCAAGUGGAAUGUUUUUGUAAUAUGGACGCUUCGUGAUCAAGUCUUGAGAAGUGGUCAAAACAAAGACGCGUACAUUCUUUUAUAGCUAUUUUUAAAUGUUACAAAUAUACAAAACAUGAUAAUCUUGUACUGCAUUCUUUGGAGUUAAUAUUUCAACUUAAAUAGAAUUACGAGAGUAGGAAGGGCCUUCUUUCAGCUGGUGUUUACAACAGCCACAACUAGCCAUUCAAACUUUUUACUGGAUUCCUAUUCCACUCUUUUUCACCAUUUCUGUUGUUUAUGGUUGUGUGGUAUGUUAUUAUAUUAUGAUUUUAUAAAAUGAUUCGAUAAAUGUACAGUAGAUAUGAUAUGAUUUGCACCGAAAAACAAAACAAAAGGCUUGUUUUUUGUCUUCAUUUUCAACCUUGAUAUUUCAUGCACAAAACUUUUUCAUAUGAUUUGUGGAGAGAAGAAGUUAACGUUUCAGAUUAGAUACGUGCCAACAUUCAGCAAACUAAAGUUUAGGUUGUAUUCUAAUAUAAAGUUUCAACAUGCCUUAUUUUUACUGCUCCGAUUUGUUUUAAAGUAACGGAUGCCCUUGAGAUAUUUGAGAACAUUUAGAAUGUUUGAAUGGUGGAGUAAAAUCAGUUUAGUUGUCAGAGAAGGCUGUUAUUUCUAUCAAAUUUCUAAAAUGAUCUUAUAUGAGCGCUUAACCACGACAAUUCAGUUUUACAAAUUGGUUUUGGGGUUUUUUCCAGAAUGAAAAUGUGUAUUUGCCUGUGUACAGUAAAUGCCACACAUGGUUAUUUAUCCAUUAAAUCACCACAGUUCUAUUUGAACUCAACUCUACUGCCUCAGUCCUGCAUUACUCUCUACCACUGCUUGUAUGUUCCACUCUUCUAUACGCUCAGAAAAUAAAGUACAUUAUUGUA